AAAAAUUUUCUCUCGAUGAAUUAUAAAAGAAGAACACAGUAUCUGAGUUAGCGGACAAAAAGGACCCACUAUAACGUGAAAACGGGUCCACGAUCUUCAACACAGCGGCAUUUAAUGGAAACUUGGGCUUCUGCACUCCAAAAGUCGUUCAAUUUCCAGAAGAGGUCAAAACCAUCGCCACUCUCUCUCUCUCUCCCCUUCACCUCCAAACAACACCAGGAUUUUUUCUUCUGAGUCUCUGUCAUGGUGGUAAAUGGGCGUACAUUGUUGUUGGGUUUAUUGGCUUUUCUUGGAAUUCAGCUUCCUGUAACAAUGGCAGAUUGCCCCCUGGAUGUGAGUGGGUCAAACUUUACACUAGUGGCUUCAAUGUGUUCAAAUAAAGAUGAUAGAGGAAAGUGUUGUCGGUAUAUCAAUGCUUUUAUUGCAGUUUCUAUAGCCCGCUAUGCAAAUGCAACAAGCAAUCUUGGUGUUACUACAGAUUCAUCUGAAAUCUGCCUCAACUCCAUAUUGCAAACUAUGGAACUGUAUGGAGUUCCUCGAAAUGCCACAGUUUUCUGUGGGCUUGGAACUAAAAUUCCUGUAAAUUAUGAUUGUAAGGGUCGGACGACUGUCAUGCAGAUGCUUCAGUCUCCAAGAUUUGAAGAUGUUUCAGAAAAUUGCAAACUGCCACUUUCAAAGGAAAGUAACUGCAGGAAGUGUUUGAAUGCUGGCAUUAUUUACCUCCAUCGACUAGUAGGAACAGAAAAUAAUAUGACAUUGAGUACUUGUCGCGAUGCAACUUACGCUGCACUUGCAAGUCAAGUAGAUGAUGCUUCAGCUCUAGAACUUGCCAGCUGUUUCUUUCAAGUGCCGGGGCUUAACGUCACCCGAGUUUCAGAGCCAUCUCCACCAUCAUCUACCCCUAAAGUUUCUCCAAGUCCAUUGAUUGCUGCUAGCCCGAGCCAACAUGUGCAGGCAUUGCCCAUAAAUAGAGAUCACCAUAGCUUCCAUUUGACACUAAUUCCAGGUGUUGGCAUUGCUGUCACGGCAGUCGCUAUUGUGAUGCUGAUUGUCUUGAUAGUCCUUAUUCGUAGGAAAAAUAGAGAAUUAAAUGAUUCAGAGAGUAAGGAUAAGAGCCCUUCAAAGCCCUUCCCUUCUCGUCCUGUAUGGAAGUUUCAGGAAGGUACUCCAAUGUUUCGGAAGUUAAGCUACAAGGAGACAAAAAAGGCAACUGAAAAUUUCAACACUGUCAUUGGACAAGGAGGAUUUGGAACUGUGUACAAAGCUCAAUUUAGUGAUGGCUUAGUAGCAGCAGUCAAACGGAUGAACAAGGUCUCAGAACAAGGGGAGGACGAAUUCUGCAGAGAGAUAGAGCUCCUUGCAAGACUGCAUCAUCGUCAUCUUGUUUCUCUUAGAGGCUUCUGCAUUGAAAAGCAUGAGAGGUUCCUCAUGUACGAGUACAUGGAAAAUGGAAGCCUAAAGGAUCAUCUUCAUUGUAUGCUUCUCAGUUUCUUCAGUUUACUUUUUUUUUUUUAACUUUUACAACCCUGAAGAAAAAUAGAUAGUAGUGAAAACCUUAAAAUGGAAAUGGAUUAUUUCCGUGUUGGUUUCAAUAGAAUUUGUAAUCAAUUUCCAUGGUUUUGGGCGCAAAUACCCUCUUUUUUUCUCCCUCAUAAUUUCAUGCCUUUAUUCCUGCUUUUUGUAAUACUUUGAUAUCUUAGGGACUUGAUUGACAGCGUGAAUGAUUCCUUUAUGGUCAUAAAUA